GAGGGGGGUGGGUGCCCGAGGUGGGAGAGUGUGUGGGAUUGGCGCAGCGGGAUCCGCACCUCUGCCCCGCGGCUUUACAAAGCCCACACAGCAGCCCCGCAGCCAGGCCGACCGAAAGCCACCGCCUGAGCCUCCAGUGUUCCCAGGUUUUAUAACAAUCAAGAAGCACAUGAAAGAAGCCUCUUUCAUCAAGUAUUCUUAAGUUAUGAAAAUGGAAUUGAAGCUUCUGUUCCUCCUUCGUGUGGUAAGUCCAACUGUGAGCAGUGUAUUCUGUUCUUCACUUCCAGGAAGCCAGAGCUUUAUAAAUGGACACUGACAUGGACUACGAAAGACCCAACGUCGAAACCAUCAAGUGCGUGGUGGUGGGAGACAACGCUGUGGGGAAGACGCGCUUGAUCUGUGCCCGAGCGUGUAACACGACGCUAACGCAGUAUCAGCUGCUGGCCACCCAUGUCCCAACCGUGUGGGCAAUUGACCAGUACCGGGUCUGCCAGGAGGUCUUGGAGCGUUCCCGGGAUGUGGUUGACGAAGUGAGUGUUUCUCUCAGGCUUUGGGACACUUUUGGCGACCAUCACAAAGACAGGCGGUUUGCGUAUGGCAGGUCUGAUGUCGUGGUCCUCUGUUUUUCAAUUGCUAAUCCCAAUUCCCUAAAUCAUGUGAAAACCAUGUGGUAUCAAGAAAUCAAGCACUUUUGCCCGCGCACACCUGUUGUCCUAGUUGGCUGCCAGCUAGAUCUCCGCUAUGCUGAUCUCGAAGCUGUUAAUCGAGCCAGACGCCCUUUAGCAAGGCCCAUAAAGAGAGGGGAUAUUCUGCCCCCUGAAAAAGGCCGUGAGGUUGCAAAGGAACUUGGCAUACCGUACUAUGAAACAAGUGUAUUUGACCAGUUUGGAGUCAAGGAUGUGUUUGACAAUGCAAUCCGAGCAGCACUGAUUGCCCGCCGGCACCUACAGUUCUGGAAAUCUCACUUAAAGAAAGUUCAGAAACCUUUGCUUCAGGCACCAUUCCUACCUCCCAAGGCCCCUCCACCGGUCAUCAAAGUUCCAGAAUGUCCCUCCACGGGGACAAACGAAGCUGCCUGUCUGCUGGACAAUCCUCUGUGUGCCGAUGUCCUGUUCAUCCUUCAGGACCAGGAGCACAUCUUUGCACACCGAAUUUACCUCGCUACCUCUUCUUCCAAAUUUUAUGAUCUUUUCUUAUUGGAAUGUGAAGAAACCCCAAAUUGGAGCGAAGGCGCUUGUGAGAUGGAGAGGCAGAGCAGGGAUUUCCAGGGGCAGGCACUGAGUGUUGACCCAGAUGAGGAAAGGGAGGAGGGCACCCCAAGGACACCUCAGGCUGAUCUGUGGGAGCCCUCAAGCCAGAACCCAUCCCAACAGGAGAUGCUGGGGCUGGAAGCUGAGGGCUCCGGCCCAGAGACGCAGACUCUGUCAGGCUGGAGUAAGGGCUUCGUUGGCAUGCACAGGGAAAUGCAAGUCAAUCCCAUCUCAAAGCGUGUGGGCCCCGUGACUGUGGUCCAGAUGGACGCCUCCGUCCAACCAGGCCCCUUCCGGACCCUGCUCCAGUUUCUUUAUACCGGGCAGCUGGAUGAAAAGGAAAAGGAUUUGGUGGGCCUGGCUCAGAUCGCCGAACUCCUGGAGAUGUUUGACUUGAGGAUGAUGGUGGAAAACAUCAUGAACAAGGAAGCUUUCAUGAACCAGGAGAUUACAAAAGCAUUUCACGUCAGGAAGGCCAAUCGGAUAAAGGAGUGUCUCAGCAAGGGGACGUUCUCAGAUGUGACAUUUAAGUUGGAUGAUGGUGCCAUCAGUGCCCACAAACCGCUGCUGAUCUGUAGCUGCAAGUGGAUGGCUGCCAUGUUUGGGGGGUCGUUUGUGGAAAGCGCCAACAGUGAGGUGUAUCUCCCGAACAUAAACAAGAUGUCAAUGCAGGCGGUAUUGGAUUAUCUCUAUACCAAGCAGUUGUCACCUAACUUGGACCUGGACCCACUGGAAUUAAUUGCUUUGGCAAACAGAUUUUGCCUGCCACACUUGGUCGCACUUGCAGAGCAGCACGCCGUUCAGGAGCUGACCAAGGCCGCCAUGAGUGGCGUCGGCAUUGAUGGAGAAGUGCUCUCUUAUUUGGAGUUGGCCCAGUUUCACAACGCCCACCAGUUGGCCGCCUGGUGUUUGCACCACAUCUGCACCAACUACAACAGUGUUUGUUCCAAGUUCCGCAAGGAAAUCAAAUCAAAAUCUGCAGACAACCAGGAAUACUUUGAGCGCCACCGCUGGCCCCCUGUGUGGUACCUGAAAGAAGAAGACCACUACCAGCGCGUCAAAAGGGAACGAGAGAAGGAAGAUAUUGCACUAAAUAAACAUUACUCGAGACGAAAGUGGUGCUUCUGGAAUUCAAGUCCAGCGGUUGCUUGAACAGGAAGAGAAAAAAAAGAUCAGUAAUCCGACACACCGCUUUUAAAAGCACUACUGUAAAAUUAGUCUUAUUAUUAGAGAUAAAAUGUAGUUCAGGUUGCAGGCACUGAUCUUCCUCCACUUCUGUGCAUUUAUCUUUGUUGGGAUCAAAGCACAAGCUCACCAUCCUUGAGCCUGGACAAAAAGGGAAAUUGACGCUCACUGCAUUCCUUAUAUGUAUAUUUUUUUGUUAAAAGGCUUAAUAAACCUUAGUCAUUAUUUCAUUUCUUUUUAUACAAAGGAAAAAAAGAAAAUCCAGCUUUCAUGUUUCAAAUUCCAAACUGAAAAAUAUUUUUAUACAGUGUCUUGUAUUUUGUUGAAAUGAAACUACUAUGUAUUACUUUAUUUUACAGGCCACAAAUUAACCAUGAAGACACCCUGUGAUUCUCUGUGCCCACGUGAACGCAGAGCAUUAUUACAUAAUUAGAGUGAUAUCCUUUUGUUGUGAAGUAGAAGGUUGGAAUGAAAUUCCCCAAAGUGCAAGUUAGGGAGUGUUUAAUCUUUGUUCUGCCGAAUAACACUGGCAUAAUAAUUACCAAGUCAACUCCAAGAAUGUGUAUUUCCAAUAUUUGCCGUGGAAGUGCUAGUAAUUAUAUGGUUAUAUGUGCCAUGUAAAAUAUAGUGAUAUCAAAUCUUCUGUUGUUUCAAAUGUCUAGAUUCAAGAGGAUAAUCUUUAUAAUCAUUAGAAGGGCUUAUUAAAUCCCAGCAUUAUUCAGGGCAAACUCACUGGUGGACCUGAAUACAAAAGACAACGUAAGAGCAUUGGUGUUUGGAUCGCUGUGCUAGGGUUUCUGUCUCUCCUAUUCCUUGAUCUUGCCAUGCUUCUGCAUGCAGAUUCUCCACUGACUUGAAUCGAGUUGGGUAAGGGCAAGGGUCCCUGAACUCUAUCCCACCGUCUGUAGGCUUGUUACAUCUCACCACCAGAAAUAAGCUUCCUCAGGUCUCUCACCUGUGGCCAACUUCACUUUAUAAAACACGUUUUUAACUCUUCCCAGGGAAAAUUCAUAUUGCUGCAGAACUAGGCUAAGGCAGACCACCCACUGCUGCUGAAAUCUGGCGGGGCCUGUGAAGGCAUGAAGCUGGAGGCUGGGUCGUCUGGGGUCCCUGCAUUCUCCACCACAGACAGGAAUCUCAUUCCAAGAGUCUAGGAAAUGGUGCUAUUGUGAAUUCAUUCUGACCCUUUGUCAUUCUGAGUUUUCAGUGUUAAAAUAGAAAGUAUUGAGCAGAGGAGCUUUCAAGAGGCAGUCAAUCACUGUUCUCUGUAAAUUGAAACGUUACAGCAUUCAUAUAGAGCAUUUGAAGGCCGCAGCUCCACACCUACCAUGGGAUCUUGUAUGGUGGGGGCUCCGUUCUGUUCUGUUGGGACGUCAAUUUACUAAUGCUAAAAGUUGUGGAUUUUUUUUUCUUCUAGCUUUCAGAAGUUGGAAAAGAGAUAGUUGAGUCCCAGCUCCAAUGUUGAUAGUCAUAUACAUUUGAAAAUCUAUCCAGAUUAUGGAUAGGCAUUUAUUACUAAUAGUGGAAACACACGAGAUACAAGAGUUUGCAGAGGCCCAGAAAUGCAUCACCCUCUCAUGACAAGGGAGGGAAGUAGUAGAGUAGGGACGGAUGGUUAUAAAUGCAUGUACUUUAAUUCUUUUGUCAAUAGGGUUGUAAAUCAUUAAUGGAAGGAGAAAGGAGAAAGAUUGAGAAGAUAAAUGUCAAGAUUCAGGAAGAAUCGGCAUAUAUCCCAUCAUAAAAUGGUAGAAGUUGACUUUUCAGAGUGUAGUCAGAGUUGAAUUUACACAACCAAAGCUCCCAUUUGAUUGUAAUCUUGCCAAAAAGUAAUGGAUAUAUAAAUGAACCUGGGUUAUAAGCAAUAAUAUCCACUAGUGUUUGUUAUCAGCUACUGUGACCAAGUGGCUGGUUCAUUUGGUUGAUGCUGAUUAUGGCCUUUAACCAUGGUGGUUUGUUUUUUAUUCCACAAAAAGCCAAUAAAAUUGUUUAGCUAUAAAA